CCCGUCAUCAUCUCCGCCGUCUGCAGCCGCCGAAUCGUCGUCAUCACCUCCCCCUGUCAGUGCUUCCGACAUCUCCGAACUCGAUCUCGAUCUUGAAUCGUCACCAUGCCAGUCGCUGACGAAGAUGCGCGCGCCUUCAUGCUUCCUGCAGACACCGAUCCAGAAUCACAGAGACGCUCGGAUAGCCCGGCGUGGGCGAGGAGGUCGAGCUCGUAUGCUCGUCGCUCCGGCUCAUACAACCGGUCGGGACAGUCUACCUUCGGCGACCGUCCGCGCAGUUGGAGUGCGCAGGUGCUACAGAAUGCCGAGAAGAUUCAAAGGAGAGGCCUGAAGCAAUGGAAUAAGCUCACGCCGUUGCAGAAAGUUCUGGCGAGCGUAGCAGGCGUCAUAGCUGUGGUGCUGGGAAUACUGUUUUUGGUCUAUAAUGAGAGCAUAUUCCGGUGGAUGAAACCGUAUGCGAAGAAGUGGAAUGAUAUCACCGCGGGAUGGCUCAUACUCUGGUUUCUCAUCAUCAUUGUGUCCUUCCCGCCGAUGAUAGGAUACUCUACGCUGCUGACCAUCUCUGGCUUUGUAUAUGGCUUUCCGAAUGGCUGGUACAUUGCUGCCUCUGCUACUGUGGUUGGGAGUACGAUAGCGUUCAUCGCCUCGCGCUCGGUACUGAAGAAGUAUGUCGACCGCUUCGUAGCCCACGACAAGCGCUUCAACGCCUUAGCCCUGACUCUGAAACACGACGGCCUCAAGCUCCUAGUCAUGAUCCGACUCUGUCCACUCCCAUAUUCAAUCUCAAACGGCGCCAUCGCCACCUUCCCCACCGUCCACUGGGCCUUUUUCGCCCUCGCCACCGCGUGCGUGACACCAAAGCUCCUCAUCCACGUCUACGUCGGCUCUCAGCUCAGCCGUAUCGCCGACGAGGGCGAAGAGAUGGACGGCAAGACAAAAGCAAUCUCAUACCUAAGCAUCCUGAUCGGCCUCGUAGCCGGCAUCGCAACAGGAUACUUCAUGUACAAAAAGACACAGGCCAGAGCCAAAGAGCUAGAGGCCGAAGAGCGCGAGCAUGUGCGCAACGAGAGUGUCGGGGAUCUGGAGCGCGAAUAUGCGGAUGAUCCGGAUGCGCUCGAGGCCGCUGUACAUUUACGUGAAGAGGAGGAUGACAUCAGUCUACAUCCGGCGUGGACUGAGGACGCGCAGGAAUUUAGGGAUGUCGACGACGUUGCUAAUGUCUUCAACGUCGGAGACGGUGUGUCUGAGGAGGAUCUGUUGAGUCCGAGCCCGAAACCAAGGGAAUGAUUGAUGAUGUUGUAUGUAUACAUUGUUAGAUGACUGCAUUUAAGGGGCGUUCAAUGGGUCACGUUAUGGC